AUGACGACCGAGCUGACCAGCCGUCCGCGGGACAAGCGUCCGCGCCGCCUCACGCCCGACGCGGCGCUGCUGUCGGCCGAGCUUCUCGAGGCCAUUGCGACGUACCUGCCUCCCGAAGGCAUGGCUUCGUUCCUGGAUGCGCUGCCCGAGCAGCUGCGCACGCCGGCGCUGCAGCUCGUCGCGACGCUCUCGCAAGUGCUGGGGCUUCAAGUGCUUUGGCCCACGCUUGAUCUGAGUGUACUCGUGCAGCUUGCGGACGCCGACAACAUACUCGCCCAACUCCUCAGCGUGAACCCGCGGCUGUGCGUCACAUCGCCGACGUCGCAGUCCAUAGCGCCAGAGGUCGUCACGCCGCCGCGCACGUGGCCGACGCUCCGCCACCUCUCGCUCACGAUUGCAACAUGGACCAUGGACUCGGCGGUGCUAGCGAGCCUCCAGCAAGUGUUCGUCGCGAAUGCAGCGUGCCUCCGAUCGAUUGAUGUCCGCCUCACGGCCCUGCCCAUCCCGACUAGUAAUGGGCUGCACGCGACGCAAAGCACGUGUCUCGCUGCGCUCGCGGACCUGCUCGUGUCGAUCGAAUGUGUGACCAAGCUUGUCUUGCGUGCUACAGACAAGGUGCGCUUCCCAGAGACAGCGGCUGCGAUGCUCGCCGCAUGGAUCGACGCGAUGCCGCUCACGUCGCUCACGAUGAGGAAUGUGGACAAGCCCUCCGCUGCACGACGCCUCUGGGCGAAUCCCUCGCCGGUGUCUAUCGCACUGGGUGACACGCGACCUCCAGCGCACGGCGUGGGUGGCAUGUGGUUGCGCCACCUGACGCACCUCGAACUCCCGUUCCUGCUGCCCUCGGAAAUGAGCCUCAUGGUACAAGCGCUCGUCCAGAGCCCACUGGUGUCGCUGCACAUGCGUGGCUGGGACGCGACAAGAUAUACGGCAGGCCAUCCGGGUGCGCCGCACUUUCUCGAAUAUGACCUCCCGCGCCUCAACCAGCUCACGACCUUGCGCUUGACCAACGUCCGUCUCACGACGACCCACUGCCUCACGCUGGCGCUUCUUCUACCACGCUACACGCACCUCGGUCUCACGUCCAACAGGAUGGGCGACGCUGGUAUUCUUGCUCUCGCACCGUUCCUUCGACACACGUCGCAGCUCGAGACGCUGACGCUGGUCGACCAAGGCUUUGGUGACGUUGGCGCGUCGGCGCUCGCAACAGCACUCAUGCACACACCGCGCCUUCGCACGCUGGACCUCGGUCGCAACAAUAUCAAAAUCAGUGGCGUCAUGGCGCUGAGUGGUCUCUUGCCACAUCUUCCUCGGCUCGCGACCUGGCGCUUGUGCAACAACCCGCUAGGCGCCAAGGGCCUUGUGUUUCUUUUGCGAGCGUGGACGUACGUGGAGCUCGACACGACGACGUUGAUCGACGCCCGCGAUACAGUUGGCAGCGAGGACGAUGCCCGGGACUGCGACGCGCUCAUUUCGGCGCUGCCACGUCACCGACGAUGCUUGGCUGGCAACAUCUCGCGAGACGCCGAGAUUGCUCGGACCGAAGCCCGUAGCGCCCAGUUCAAGGCGUAUAAUCAAGCGUACUUCGCCCAGAGGCUCGCGCGCAAGCACGCCGUGCGCGGUUGCUGCAGGCGUGACCUGUCGUCGUGCUCGUACGUUCUACUGCAUGCAGCGUCGCGCUGGGAAUAG